AUGAUGUUCUGUUUUUUGUUUCUGCUAUCAUUUCCGAUUCUAACAAGUGCAAAUGGUAAGUGUUUCAUUGGUCAAAAAUUAUUACACUAAAUUAAACAAUUUUCCACUUUUCUACCAAGGAGGAAUUUCAGAUGGUGGUCCGUUUGAUUACUUGAUGUUCACAACAAUUUAUCCAACUGCAGUUUGUCGUGCUGAUGAUGAUUCAGUUCCGGAUUCUUGUGAAAUUCCAAAAGGAACUCCACAAUGGACAAUUCAUGGAUUAUGGCCAAAUUAUGAAAAUGGAUCUUAUCCACAGUUUUGCCCGGGAACACCAUCACGUUUCGAUGAGAAUUUGAUCAAACCAAUUGAGCCGAAGCUUUUGGCAGUUUGGCCGAAUUUAUUCCCUCAUAAAUCGAUUCAAUCAUUCUGGAAGCAUGAAUAUGAAAAACAUGGAACUUGUGCACAAUCAGAUGAAAGAUAUAAAAAUGAAUUACUCUAUUUUUCAAAGUGAGUGGUAUAUCAGGUCUUGAAGAAAAUAAUCCAAGAUUUCAGCUCUAUCAAAGCCUACGAAACUUUCAACAUUGCCUCAGCUUUAUCUUCAAUUGGUCCAAGUGACAAACUAAUUACCAAAGAGCAAUUACACAAUGCACUUCUAGAAGUAACCAACGGCAAAAGCUAUCAGAUUCAUUGUUUGAGAGAUAAAAAGGUCAGUUGAUGUGAAAGGGCAAGUUCAUAUAACUUGUUCCAGACAAAACAAUAUUUGCUCGGCGACAUUCGUUUGUGCCUCAACAAAGAUCUCACAAUUCGCGAUUGUCCAGAUGAUCGGAAUUCGAAUCGGGUUCAUACUCGAUUCCCGCGUCGAGCAUCGAAUGGCGGAGGUCUUCCAACUUAUCAAGAAUGCCCACAUUCUUUUGUCUACAUUUCUGCGGAAACAUCGUACACUCCAAGAGGAUUGUUCGCCCCACUUUGGGAUAAAAUCUUUGGAUAA